AUGCAAGCUGCCGCUUCUACACCCGCUGCCACCGACCUGGUCAGAAGACUGUUUGUGCUAAGGAGGAUGGUCGAAAGCGUGCUGCACCCAGGAGCAUCACAGCCGGAGUGGGGGCUGCAGGAGAUCGUGAAGGAGAGCUUCAGCAUCACCACCUCCGAUGGACAAGUACCUUUCCGUCACAAUCUCGAAAACGUCGGUUUGAAUGCUCAAGAAUGGUUCAACAACAAGUACAUCACGCAGGUCGACAAGCUGGGCGCAUAUCACCGAAUACCACAGACCUUGGCCAGAGAAGCCCGCAGGAGGAAGACGAGGGAUCUGUUCUCAAAUAUCAAGUCGCUUUACAUCGACCCAUAUGAACCUCGAACAAGCCCUAUAUCCCUCUCUGGAAAGAAGACCCUUUGUUACGUCCAUGCAGAAAUACAGAUGGUUGUACAUUAUCUUCUCUCACCACCCCUGAUACUGCCACGAGUCAUAGGUACCAGCAAAGAAACAUGCUUCCUCUGUCAUCUCUUCACCAAAAGACUCGGUGCUUUUGUUGUGACCGCUACACAUGGGCGUCUGUACGAUCAGUGGACCGUGCCAGAUCUUGCAGAGUACACGCCGGGACAAGUUGAAGCGCUGAGGGCGGUUAUAAGGAGAAUGAAUCGGGAUUGCUCGCUUUUGGGAAGGAAGAGACAUUCACGGCGCGGUCAGCACCCCCUGACAAGCCGACAGAAUUUAUACGAGAUGCCGACCUUUUCGCCCCUAUCGACCUUACUGAGCGCACGGUUCGACACAGAGUCAAGCCUACUGCCAACUGCAGAUGCAAAUAACGCGGGCACCAGGGUCUCUUCCACGCGUCAUUCAAGAGCUUCCGGUACAUCAAGAAACCCAAUCACUGCCAAUGAAGAGUCCGCACCACGGUCUGACGGCGGGACAACCACAACAACAGACUCUUGGUGGAACUCGAGUCUGAAGACAGAGACACGAACGCACAGUGGAAGCGGUACGCCAGGACAACCACCUUCUCAGGGCCCGGUCGUGAGCGAUACCCACUCUGAAAGCACAGUGACCAGCUCCACACUCACGUCAAACAGCCGCGGCCCCAUUCAUAUCAGCUCGGACAGGCCUCAUCUCAUCAACCUUCCGGGCCUGGAUGUCGUGGUUGAAAUCCAGCCCCCGCGUAAUGGGAUAGUAAGCUUGAGAACAGGCAGCGAGAUUGAUAAGAGUGCAGCAAGUCAUGGUGUCAAACUCGAAGAUCUCCGAGCUGGAGACGAGUUGGACUUUCAGCGAUCCGAGCACGAAACUUCGGUGAUGCUUCGCUUGCAGGAAAAUGGCGGUGAUUUGUGCUGUAUCGUUCUGGAGUGGACAUGA